UUACACGCUCGCGCUGUCCACGAGGUUGCGCAUACUUUUUUUUUUUCGUUCCACCAAAAGCUCACGGUUCGUGUUUGUUUUAUUUUCACGUAGCUGUUGUGUGAGCCGUAUCCUAGCAGCAAGCAGCAGCAGCCAGAGCUUUACAACAUGGACCUUUCAAGAUAAAUGUUUGCUGCUACUCUACCCUACCUGUGUACCUCAGGUUUGCUUCCGUCAAGUCUGACAUGCCCUACUGAAUUCAACUAAAUGCGUUGAAUGCGUCUUUAAAUCAAGGCUUUUAAAUAUAAAUCCUGUACGGUUCAUUCUUAACAAUGAGUAGAGUUGCUUUUGUUUCCCUAUAAUGCCACUGAAAACCGUAAUAAUGUAUUAUUGACGAUAUAAUCAAAUGGAGGCGCUCUGUCGCAGUAAGCUUACUAACUACAUGAAUUAACCGAAUCUUUAAAAACAUCCCUUGUUCAAAAUGCCGCCGUCUGGUCUCAUAUGGGAUAAAGUGUCGAAAAUUGAUCCAAAGACUCUUGAUGAAUGUGAAAAAGACGAACUGGAUGAAGUCUUCCGCAUUUUUGUUGCGACAAAAGAAUGGGAGGUGAAGGAUAAAGCUACGGAGAACAUUAUCCGCGUCCUCCGAGUGGGUCAGGCCCUGCUAAAGAUGAAAGAGCGUGAGGUUAAGCUCCAUGAAAGCUUCAUCGACGAUAUCGGUGUACAACACGUCAAAACCGAAAACGAACUUCGUGCAAAAGUGUCCAGGCUGGAACAAGAGCGCAAGCUCGGCACUGGGCCAGACAGCCGCUUUCUUAGGGAUGAGAUUCGGCAGCUCGAGGCCCAGCUGGAGCAACGGGAGAAGGAAUUGACCCAGUUAAGGAAAGACAUGGGCAAGGAGAAGAAAACCAAUGAAGAGCUGAUUGUGCGACUGGAGGAGGCUGAGGACGAAGUGAAAAAGUUAAAAAGAGAGUUGAAAAAAUCUAAGAAGAAGAAUGAGCAGCUCCAGCAGGACGUGGAGUUCUACCGUGCAGAGCUGGAGCAGAAGGAGCCGCUCACCUCCAGAGACGACGGCGCCGAGACUCAGAGGAAGCUCAGCCUGGCCAACCGCCAGCUCUACCAAUGCCUGGACGACCUGCAGCGAGCAGAGGAUGAGAACGCACACCUGAAGACACAGAACGUGCAGCUGCAGAGGAGCCUGGAGGAGUCUGUGAAAGAGAUGGAGAAGAUGACAGAUGAGUACAACAAGAUGAAGAUCGUUGUGCAGCAGACUGACUCAAUUAUGGACCAGCUCAGGAAAGAAAGGGAUCACACGAAGCUUCAAGUUAGAGAGCUGACAGAAAAGAUUCAAAGCAUGACUGAAGAGAAUGACCCAAUCAUGGCAGCUGUCACUGCCAAAGUAGAGGAGUGGAAGAAAGUGUUGUCUGGGAAGGAUGAGGAAAUUUUGGUGUACCAGCAGAUGAUCCGUGAGCUGAGGGAAAAGCUGCGCUCUGCCCAGCUGGACUUGGACAAAAGCAACAUAAUUGCCCUGCAACAGGUCAUAUAUGAACUCUGUGGUGCCGUCCAGGAGCGAGAUAAUCAGAUCAAGAUGCUGAGCGAGCAGGUGGAGCAGUACACAGGAGAGAUGGAAAAGCACGCUCGGCUCAUAGAGGAGCUGAAGAUGUCCACAAACAAAGAUAGAGGUGCUCCUUCGACGUUACAGCAGAGGAAGAUGGAGGAGCUGCAGUCUAAACUGAAAGUGGCGGAGGCCAGAGCGACGGAAGCAGAGCGGGCCUUCAGACGGGCAGAAUCACAUGCUGAGGAAAAAGACAAAGCCUUUAUUGAGGCGUCAAAUCGCCUGAGCCAGUACGAGUCUGGCACUUACGGCUUGGAAGCAGCCAUUGCCGAGAUCAAAGAGUGUAACAAUCAAAUUAGAAUGAGAGAUCGUGAGGCAGAGGCCAUGACCAAAGAGAUCAACCAGCUCGAGCUGAGAAUCAAUGACCUCAUGGAUGAAAACGAGGAGCUCCGGGAAAAACUGGGUCUGGAGCCAAAGCAGGAAGUGGAUCUGACAGAAUUCAGGCGCGCCAGGGAUCUCAGGCAGCGCCAGUACAAAGCCGAAAACCAAGUUCUUGCCAAAGAGAUUGAGCGACUGGAAGAAGAGCGGCUGGAGCUGAAGAAACAAAUCAGGCGCUUGGUGAAAGAAAAAGCUGUGCCUGCUGGAAUCCCACAGUCAAGUGUGCAGCUGCAGGAAGAUGUCUGGUCUGGCAGAAAAGAAGAGGCACAAGGAAGAAUCUACACUGACGACAAGAUCAGACAAAAGAAUGAAUACCUAGAGAAAGAACUGAGCAGCAAGAAGAGGGAGCUUGAACUUCACAAGUCCGAUUUUCAGGCUCAACUGGCAGAGCUGUCCAAAGCAAAGACAGACUUGGAGGCUACGCUGAAAGAGGUUCUUCAGGCCAUUAGGACGAGUCAGCAGACCGGUUCUGAUUCUGUCACUGCCAUCAGUAUGAAAAGCUUGUCUAAUGUGAGUAUCAAAAAAAGCUUGAGAUACAGUUCUUUAUUUCAUUUUUUGUCCUCUUACAGCUACACAACUAUGUCUGUUAUAUCCUCACCUUCCAAAAU